AUGGCUGUGCAGUUGAAAUGGCCGAUCCUUGGGGUUGUGAUCCCCUGCGUAUUGAUCGCAAUUCUCGGCUACGGCUCCCACUACUUCGUGUUCUCCUCCCGCUUGGAACCCUCCACCCAGGCAUGGUUCCAGUUCUCGCUCACCAUGGUGUGGGUGUCGUAUGCGCUCGCCAUCAUAAUCCCCCCUGGGCUGCCUCCCCACAACUUCGAGCCCAAGCAUGGCGAAUGGCGUCGCUGGUGCAAGAAGUGCCAGAACUACAAGCCUGAACGUGCCCACCACUGCAAGACCUGUAACGUGUGCGUGUUGCAAAUGGACCACCACUGUCCCUGGACCUACAACUGCGUGGGACACCGCAACAUGGGCCAUUUCUUGCGGUUUUUGGCCUGGGUGUUGUGGACCACUGGCUUCGCCAUGGUGCAGUUGGCCCUGGUGGCACUCCAGUACUACCACGACCGUGCACUCCCGUCGUACCUCGUGGACAAGCGCGAGUUGGUGGCAGUGGUGUUUCUCCUUCCCGUGGACGUAUUCGUGUUCUUGACCAUCCUCGUGUUGGCCAUCCGGUGCCUCAUCAACUGGGUGGGCAGAGGCAUGUCGCAGAUCGAGGUGUGGGAGUGGGAACGUAUCGAGCACCAGUUCCAUACCGAGCGGAUGUGGUCGCAGAUCAAUCGCAACUACCUCACGCUCCAUGGCCGCAAAAUGCCCCAGUUGACGUCAUGGAACCACCUGGCAGUGCUCCUGCAAAUGGACGAGCGUGAGGCUAUUGCCCACGAAGCAGGCACGGCUCCAGUCGACGAGCUGGUGGUGCCUCCCAACUUCACACCUGACGACCUCGUUUUUCCCUAUGACUUGGGGAUGUGGAACAACCUCACUGCCAUCUUGGGCUACCCCUGGGCCUGGCUCAUGCCGUGGAGCGAGCCCAGCUCCAGCGGAUACCAUCCCGCCAAAACGAAGUAUCUUGAGGACGACCAGCUCAACUUACCGUGGCCUCCAGAUGGUGGCCACCAGGAGCAAACCGCGUUUGUUCGCGACACUUGUACCGACGAUAUCGAGCUCUCGGACUACAGAAACAUUUCGUUGUUGAAGAAACGGCUCGAUCCACGCUCGACCAUGGAGCGCAAGAAAUGGGUCAACGACGUGGGCGAGCGGUUGGACGACUAUGGCGUCGAUCUCGAGGCGGAGGACCCGGAGAAUGAGGUGCUUCUUGUGGCCUCUGACAAUCGGAUGGAUAGCGAUUAG